ACAAGCAAUAAUCAUGUCUACCUUCUUCCUAUAUCUCUCACUCAUCACAAUCUCCUUCCUUCUCACUUUGAGGCUAUUAUUCAAAUCAAGAGCACUCAAAAACCUUCCUCCAGGUCCACCAUAUCUUCCCCUAAUUGGAAACCUCCACCAACUCAAACAACCAUUCCACCGCGCUUUCUAUGAGCUGUCACAAAAAUAUGGCAAACUCUUCUCUCUCUGGUUCGGUUCCCGCCUUGUGGUUGUCGUUUCAUCACAAACGGCAGCGCAAGAAUGCUUCUCCAAAAACGACAUCGUUCUUGCAAACCGUCCUCACUUUCUCACCGGAAAGUACAUCGGCUACAACGACACCACCCUGGCGCUUGCCCCUUACGGAGACCACUGGCGCAACCUCCGCCGCAUCGCAACGGUCGAAGUUCUCUCGACGCACCGUAUCACCACGUUCUUGGAAAUCCGAAGAGAUGAGAUCAUGAGGCUCGUGAAGAAGCUGGCUCGGGAAUCUUCCAACGGCUUUAACAAAGUGGAGCUCAGAUCUAAGUUCUCGGAAAUGACCUUCAACACUAUGAUGAGAAUGAUUUCUGGAAAAAGAUACUACGGCGAAGAUUGUGACGUCACUGAUGUUGAAGAAGCGAGGCAAUUCAGAGCAAUAAUCAAGGAGUUGGUGGCUUUGGGAGGAGCAAACAACCCUGGAGAUUUCAUAUCAGUUCUUCGGUGGUUCGAUUUUGAUGGUUUGGAGAACAAGUUAAAGAGGCUUAGUAAGAGAACUGAUUCUUUUUUACAAGGGCUCAUUGACGAACAUCGCAGUCGCAAGAUAAACACUAACACCAUGAUUGAUCAUCUUUUAACUCAGCAACAGUCGCAUCCUGAGUACUAUACAGAUCAAAUCAUCAAAGGACUUAUUCUGGUUAUGUUACUCGCUGGAACAGACACUUCAUCUGUGACUUUAGAAUGGGCAAUGUCUAAUUUAUUAAAUCAUCCAGAAAUCAUAAAGAAAGCAAGAAAAGAAAUAGACAGAGAGAUUGGACAAGAUCGCCUCAUAGACGAGCCUGAUGUUUCGAAGCUCAAUUAUCUUCAAAACAUAGUGAACGAAACACUUCGAUUGAACCCCGCAGGACCAUUAUUGGUUCCACAUCUUUCUUCAGAGGAUUUCACCUUAGAGGGAUAUAAGGUACCGAAAGACACAAUGGUAUUGGUGAAUGCUUGGGCUAUUCAUAGAGAUCCCAAAGUGUGGGGUGACGACGCUACACAAUUCAAACCUGAAAGGUUUGAAAAGCAAGGUGAAGAAAACAAGCUAAUUGCAUUUGGAAUAGGAAGAAGAGCUUGUCCAGGAGCGAAUUUGGCACAACGCACAGUGAAUUUGGCCUUAGGUUUGUUGAUUCAGUGUUUUGAAUGGGAACGAACAACGCAUGAAGAAAUUGAUAUGGUUGAAUGGAAAGGACAAGUUGUGUCAAAGAAAAUUCCCUUGGAAGCAAUCUGUAAAGUGCGUGAUCCAUUUGCAGCUAAGAAUAUUAUUUAAUUUAAUGAAUAAUAGCACUCCAUUCUCUAUAUAUUUAAAGGAAUAAAUGUUUGGGAUGUAGGAUCCCAUAUGUGAUAUGUUCAUUAAGUUUUUUCAUUAGUUUUUUUUAUAUAUUUUUUCGUCUCAUUAUUUUUAUAUUUUAUA